AUGUCUCGCUGGCACAAGUCGUCGUGCCACAGUCCGAAAGUGUUUGUCGAAGAUGGACUGCCACGCUGUGAAUCAUGCGGCAGGAGCCCAAAUAUCCAGAAACUCGUCUCGGAACAAGCAAAUCUCAGCACGCCUUGGACUGUGCCUCCAGACGAGAACUUUGGCGAAAUGAAUCUUUGUUGGCUAGAGUCUGUUCAAUACAGCCCACAGCCUGCAGGGACGGACUUCGAAGAAACCAAAAAGGCAGGAGACAUGGGGCGACGGGAUGAGUUAUCCCCCAUCUACCACAAGAGGCUCCAAGAAGGCCAUUUUCGACUCCUUUACCUUCCUUCUGUCGACGAUAAGAACAGCCCCAUCCAUGCCAGUUUUGAGGCUUAUCAGACCGAUGAUUGCCCUGAAUACGAGACGGUCUCGUAUUGCUGGGGAGGUGAAAAUGAUGAUGCAACGCUCUGCAAACCCGUCUUCCUUGGCGAUUACUGGGACAUUCUCUUGCAGACCCAGAACUGUUGGUCUAUGCUUCAGUAUCUUCGCCCUCGGGUCGGUGUCCGCACCAUUUGGGUAGAUGCCAUCUGCAUCAACCAGGUGGACCACCAGGAACGCGAGAGCCAGGUUGCCGUUAUGGGUAGCAUCUAUCAACGGUGUUUGAGGGCAGUGGUCUAUCUUGGGCAAGAUGUGGUUCACCCCAAAAGCACCGACAACAGAGCGUAUCCCGGGAGGCGUGACCUCGAUACAGAAUCAGCUUCAGCCGUGGACCUGCCUCAGUUGCUCAAGAUGAGAUACUUUCAGCGCGUUUGGGUCAUACAAGAACUUAUAUUGGCGCCCAUGGUUAUCAUACCAGUGCAUGGCGUGGAGCUAACCGCUAGACGGCAUCCGGCUCUCCGCGAGGAGGUGACUUGGCAUGAAAGCGAUGCCCCUUGGAUGAGGCAUCUUUGCGCUGUGCAGUCUGAUACAUCUCUGCGAAAGACUCUGGAACAGACGCGGAACUCCCAGUCGGCGGAUCCACGGGACAAAGUUUUUGGGUUACUUGGCUUCCUCCCUCAAGUCCCUACGGGGAAAGGAUUGAGACCGAAUUACUUGCUAUCAUCACGUCAUAUAUAUAUUGGUACAGUAGCUUACUUGCUGCUUAACGAAGGCCACUCCCAUAUUCUUACACAAGCUGCUGGUCACAAGGCUUCCCCAACAAUUCCUUCAUGGCUCCCAGACGGAAACCUGCUUAACAUUGGCGAGCUCCUCCGAGACAUCUCCGACUCCUCACCAGAGUUGGUCUCGCAAGGCUGUUACGAGUCUCAAUCCUCCGUCAGCUCGACAUUUUGGACACAAAUACUCAGGCUGAAUCCAGAUUGGGAAGUCCUAUUGCUCGCCAAGUCGCGUGAGAGACAGGAUCAUGGGGCUCUAGAGACACCGCUACCCAGUUCAAGGAAACCGUCAAUUCACCCGUCGACAUCUGCGCUUUCACUCCCCCUGCUUUACAUUUGCGAAUCCUUCUCGAGGCCAGUCCAUAUUCUCCAAAACAGACCUGUGGGCCAACUUUUUAUGAUGACGGUUGCACACUGUACAUUGUACAUAUGCACUUCUGAUGCUUCACUCAAAAGCGCCAUCGAGCCGGGACUCACAAACGUCUUUCUUUUAAAAGACAGGAGAAAUUCUCCUCUUCUCCUCUUUUUGCGACGACACCAUUCCGAUGCAGACUUCCGGCUCUUAAAGUGCUGCCCAUGUUUUGGUCUUUAUCUAUCAAGAAAGCCGCCUUCCGAGUCAAACUUCCCACCCUCCGUUCAUCAUGACAUACCUACUUUCCCCACAUUCAACAACCCUCGAUUCAGGCUUACCCCCCUUAGCCAAGAUUCUACGCCGAUUCUCAAAGAGAAAGUAUAUGGGGUGGUUUCUGAGGUUGGGAGCCUCUGCAACAAAAGCUGGGAAGCAUUGCAAUGGAUGGGACCAAGGGCCAAUUCCUUUAGUCGGGACAGCAUCAAAAUCCAUAUCACAGGCUUGUUUUACCAACUAUUCUCUACCCCCCAGAAACCCUUCGUUGACCUCUAUGUCAAUUUCCUUCGACAUUGUAGCCCCGAGUGCUACGCGGAGAUACGACAGGGCAGGGCCGAGGCUUGGGUGCAUGUGUCCAUGGACCCGAACAACUGGUUGAGAAUCCAACAAUCCCUCAAUGGCUCUUGGUAUGAGAAAGUUUUCAUUGCUUCCAGGUCAUCAUCAACAACGCAAUAUGUUGGGCCUUGGUAUUGGGCAGACACACCCGACUGCCUUUCCUAUGAGGACCUGGAUAUUUCGGAUACAGGCGCCGAAUCUGGGAUUUUCUGA